AUGGCUAUCUCUGCUGCAGUCGUCCCUGCUCCUGGUGUCUCUUUCUUCACUCCUACUCAGAAUCCUCCUUCUGGCACUGCUGUCGUACCUCAGCCAGAUGGAAAGCCUAUUCCAAGUCUCUUCCAGCCUAUUACCAUCCGUGGAGUGUCUUUUCAGAACAGAAUCUUUGCUAAUUCAAACAGCUCUCUCCUUUGUGCCAAUACUCGUGCGACGGCAGUGGUAUGGCGACCCCGUGGCAUACCGGGCAUCGUUCGUUCUUCUACUCGAGGGUUCAAUGGUCCUCUACUAACCAACUUCCUCGUAGUUGGAGGUAUCUUCACGCGCGGCCCAGGUCUGACUUUUGUGGAGGCUACAGCCGUGGUUCCGGAAGGGCGCAUCACCCCGAACGACCUCGGGAUCUGGUCUGACGACCACAUUGCGCCCCUCGCUGCGAUCGUCGAAUACGCCCAUUCUCAGAGCCAGAAGAUCGCCAUCCAGAUUGCUCAUGCUGGUCGUAAAGCCUCGACCACUGCACCUUGGAUUGACCACCAGAAUCUGGCAGGGAUGGAAGCGGGGGGAUGGCCUGAUGAUGUGGUGGCGGCUUCGCCUAUUGUGUUUGCGGACAGCUACGCGACACCGAAGGAGUUGAGCAAAGAGGACCUGAAAAGCCUCUUGGAGUCGUUCAAACUGGCUGCGCAGAGAUCUGUGAAAGCUGGGUUUGAUGUCAUCGAAGUUCAUGGCGCGCAUGGGUAUCUUCUGUGCGGAUUCUUAUCCCCCACGAGUAACAAGCGCUCUGACGAGUACGGCGGGAGCUUUGAAAACCGGAUUCGCUUCCCGUUGGAGGUUGUUGACGCAGUACGGAGUGUUAUUCCGGAAUCAAUGCCUCUUUUCUUCAGAAUCUCAGGAUCCGAGUGUUUGGAGAAGUCUCUACCAGACAUUCCUUCAUGGCGCUCCGAGGAUACUGUUCGUUUUGCUCCCAUCCUCGCUCAGCACGGGGUCGAUUUGCUCGACGUAUCUGCUGGUGGUAACAACAUCAAGCAGACGUUCACUUCUGGACCUGCAUAUCAAGCGCAUCUUGCACAUGACGUGAAGAAGAGCAACCCUGGUUUACUUGUCAGUGCUGUUGGGCGCAUCAAUGACGGACAUAUCGCGCAAAACGUCCUUGACAACGGCCAGGCAGAUGUUGUAUUUGUAGGAAGGCAUUUCACGAAGAACCCCGGCCUGGUUUGGGCAUUUGCGGAUGAUUUGGGCGUGAGGAUUAAUGUCGCUAAUCAAUUAUGGGGUCUCGGGGGGAAGUUGAAGAAGCGUGUCAUUCACCAGACUAUAGAUAGCUAAAUUUUUAGAUCCUCGCUCACCAACCAUCGGCGCUUGAUAUCCUUACAAAUCGUAUAGACCUACUGACAAUGAAAUAUCCACGCAUCGAUGCUUGUAGCACUCCAUAACAAUCGUUCUGAUCUGACUCUUAUGAUAACGCAACCUGUUUUCAUGCGGC